AUGCAAGCUCUAAAUAAGAACACAACAAACUUUUCAAACUAUUCUAAGAUAUCUGAGUCAUUGAAAGAAGGAAACUUAAAACUGACAUUAAACCCAAUGACAGAUGAGUUUCUAUUUCAAGACAAUAAGAACCAUACUGUCUGUAUAAAUCCAACAAAAGGAACUUUAAACGAGAAACCUAUAAAUGAACUUCUUUUGAAAGCAGAUGUUGACAACAAAGCUGACAAAGAAUAUGUAGACGAUGCAAUAGCAAAAGAAGAAGAAAGAGCUAACAAUGCUUAUGCAACAAAAGAACAUACUCAUCCUGAACUAGCAGACAAAACAUAU